AUUUCAGAGACUUAUGAGCAAUUUCUAAGAUUGCAGGAGCAAUUUCUAAAUAAAAUAGCCCUGUUUAUAAAAUCCUAGCAGCCGUCAUCAUCUACCGAAAAACCUCUGACAAAAGCCCUAAAAAAGCUCAAGCUUUCUCAAGCUUUCUCCACCUUUUUCGUUGUUUUUGAUUUCUGAUUCUUAAUUUGAUAGCGAAUGGCUCAGCUGCUAGCCGCUCCAUCGGCUUCUUCACCGAAAAUCUCCUCCCAUUUCCACAAACGAUUCGGUGCUCCAGUUUUUCGUGAUAGCGUAUGCUUUCUGAAUAAUCCCAUCUCACGUUUAGAGGUUGGAGCAAUUUCUAGCUCGACCAAUGGUGCUCCAGUCAUUCAUCACACCCCACGCAAUCGACAUUUCGCUCAGAAUCCCGCCAUUCAAAGCAUACUCUCCGGAAAAGAUGUUUCUGGCUUAAGUGAUGCUCGUGGAAGUCAAAAUGGAAGUGGACUACGGGGGAAAUUAAAUAAAGUUGUCCUAGCUUAUAGUGGUGGCCUUGACACAUCUGUCAUUGUCCCAUGGUUAAGGGAAAACUAUGGAUGUGAUGUUGUUUGCUUCACUGCAGAUGUUGGUCAAGGUGUCAUGGAGAUGGAGGGACUUGAAAAGAAAGCGAAAGCUAGUGGUGCUUGUCAGCUUGUUGUAAAGGAUUUAAAAGAGGAAUUUGUUAAGGAUUACAUAUUCCCUUGUUUGCGGGCUGGUGCUAUAUAUGAGAGGAAGUACUUGCUUGGAACAUCAAUGGCUCGUCCUGUUAUUGCCAAGGCAAUGGUUGAUGUUGCUAAAGAAGUAGGUGCAGAUGCCGUUGCUCAUGGAUGCACAGGAAAGGGAAAUGAUCAGGUUCGAUUCGAAUUAACAUUCUUUGCCUUAAAUCCGAAUCUCAAAGUUGUUGCUCCAUGGAGGGAGUGGGAGAUCACAGGACGAGAAGAUGCUAUCGAGUAUGCUAAGAAACAUAAUGUUCCUGUUCCUGUUUCGAAGAAAUCAAUAUACAGUAGAGACCGGAAUCUAUGGCACCUUAGUCAUGAGGGAGAUAUUCUAGAGGAUCCUGCAAAUGAACCAAAGAAAGACAUGUACAUGAUGUCUGUUGAUCCUGAAGAUGCCCCAGACCGACCCGAAUACCUAGACAUCGGAAUCGUCUCUGGCAUCCCCGUUUCCCUUAAUGGGAAGGAACUUUCACCUGCAACCCUCCUCACCAAACUCAACCAAAUCGGUGGCGAAAAUGGAAUCGGCCGAAUCGACAUGGUAGAAAACAGGCUCGUUGGCAUGAAGAGUCGAGGAGUCUACGAAACUCCUGGCGGUACUAUUCUCUUUGCUGCAGUUCGAGAGCUUGAAUCUCUAACCCUAGACCGAGAGUCAAUUCAGGAGAAAGACCGCAUCGCUCUCAAAUACGCUGAGCUUGUUUAUGCUGGCCGGUGGUUUGAUCCCCUUCGUAGGGCGAUGGACGCGUUUAUGAAGGAAAUAACGGAGACCACAACGGGGACCGUUAGGUUGAAGCUUUAUAAAGGAUCGGUGACUGUUGUGUCGAGAGCGAGUCCUUAUAGUUUGUAUAGGGAGGAUAUUUCGUCUUUUGAGAAUGGAGAGAUCUAUAAUCAGGCUGAUGCUGCUGGGUUCAUUAGGCUUUAUGGGCUUCCGACUAGGGUUCGGGCAAUGCUUGAGAAGUAAUCUGAGGAGGAUUGUUGUUGUGGCUGAGAUUGGAAAACGUUGAAUGGUGUCUUUGUUUUUGACAUUUUUAUGAACAGAUUUGAGUAAAAAUUGUGCUUCAGGGUUUAGCAGCUCUUUUUACUGUUGCACAGUAAUGAGGAAUAAUGCUGUGGCAGGAGAUAUAAAACAGUAUAACGUGGGUGAUUUAUGCUGCAAUGGAAUUUGUUGAGUAAUA